GGCAGAGUACUACUACUACUACUACUACUAGCUGGGUUGAGGGACGCAGAAGGGCGGCGCUCAGUAUCCUGUUGAGGGGAGACUUGAGCCGGUCACGCCUCCUUAUGCUGCAAAUCACAAGUUGCAUCCACAUUUCACACCCUACUUUUUGCCAUUGAGCUGAUUCGGCGUAGUGAUACAGGUUUACAACGCAAUUGGAGUGAUCCAGAGGCCUUUCUAAGAAGCAUUUCUAUCCAAGGGGCCUGCAUUGUCUUGUUCGCAGUCAUUCUAUCACGAGCAGCCAAUUCUCUAAAACCCAAGCCCCGUGUCGCUGCUAAGGAGCGCUUCAGAGCAAUUGGAACCCACUGUAUCUUUCCCGCCAUCAAUUACUCAAGUUUUCGCGUGAAGCGAGACAUCUUGCAGCCAAAACUCUCCCUCAAGUAGCUUCUUGCCCGCUCACAUUCUUGGCCCCUCGCUCCUUCGAAAUCCCACCAUGUCUUUCUUGCUUGGCUGCCUUGUCAUAGCCACUCUUCUGCUGACACUUGGCGGAAGCUCAGCACUGGAGCCAGACGCGGACUCAGGGCCCCAUUCUCAACCGGGCCGGAAGGUUCUCCAGGCAGGGCCUGCCCCUGCCCCUGGUCCGUUCCAAUUUGGAGCGGUUUUACCCAACAGCGACCCCACAUGUGACCCCCGAUGGGCCUACGAGACGGGGUGCUACAGCGACUACUCCUGCGCCAGCGGCCAUAUCUGCACCUGCAAGAACGGCGACAAGUGCGCUGACGGCGGCUACUUUGGCAUCUUCCUGUGCCCGUGCAUCGAAGCUCCAAAGCUUCCUCCUCCCCCUCCUCCCCCGCCUGGCCCCCUGCCCACGAGCCCCUGCGUCAACGCCAUCAAACGGAGCUGCCCAUCUGCAAGAAAUACAACUGACGCGGUAGACAAGUGCACUGCAGUUGGAGGGAAGAUACUCCUUAUCUCAGCCGGAAGUUACAGCUGCACUUGUUGCACAGGGCGUGGCUCAAUCUACGCAUUUUCGCCCCCGGCCAUUCGGUCGCCCCCGCCUCCCCCAUACAAGCAAUCCAAUCUUGGCUCUUCCAUCCAGAAAAGAGUAGCUAUCAUCAUAGGCUGCACGUGGGGAGGGAUCGCAGUGAUCAUAGGCACGAUUGUUACCUGCUACUGCUGCUAUUGUAAGAAGAGGGCGCCUCGGCUAACGGCCAGGAGAAACGAUCUUGAGCAGCCUCCCCUUAUCGGCAGACCUACCAGCGCUCCAAAAACGAAGUCUGGGGGGGGGUCCGCAGAGGCUGGGGCCAAGAAGUGGUUCGAGCCGGGGUUCAACGGGUCCACGUUCAAAACCACGGGAGCGGGCGUGUUCUUCAGCAAGUCGAUCCCCAAGAACGCACGCUUUGUCGAGAUGUUUGCAACAUUGUAUGGUCAGGACGGCAGUGGAGCAGGCACGAGCAGCGCUACGGGGCCUGCAGCACAACGGACCAAGAGGAACGAAAACCCUCCGGCGUCUGUGAAUCAUUGGAGCGAAUGGGAAGAAAGCCCUCCAACUGCCGAAGGCACUUAUUCUUACUCGAGUGGGGCAGCGGAUGCGGCCAGGGAGCGUACGGCCAAGGGCAAAGAGCCAGAAGCCCCCUCCACGGACGCCCCCCCCGCCAGCAUCGAGGGCCUGCCCGAGGACGAGAUCUGCAUCGUGUGCUGCAACGCGCCCAAGGAGUGCGUCUUUGUGCCGUGCGGCCACCACGCCACGUGCCUUGCGUGCGGACGCUUGGUGCAGCAGGGCGGCCAGGGCUGCCCCGUCUGCCGGCGGCCCAUCGAGCGCGUGCUCAAGAUUUACGAGGCGUGAGUGACGGGUGUGAGAGAAGAACUAGGGCGGGUAGAAAGAGCCAGGCUAGAUGUGCGAGAGUUCAGAGAGGGGAUGCAGGGCGCGUCCCGAUUCAAGAAGAGCGCUGGUUGUUAGAGGAGCGGGAUCGGACGUCGAAAGGGCCGGUACGUCCGUCAAGGGCGAAAGGCGGGGAGAAGGGCCGGGACAUGGGGACGUGUGGUCGUAGGGUUGGGUCGUGCGGAUCACCGGAUGGCAGUACUUGUCGGAGUUGAUAUUUCGAGAAACAGACAUUGUCGGUAUUGAGAGAGGUACUCGCAGCAGGGGCUAUUAACAACUGGGCCAGAUUAAAGCAGCAAAGAAGAAGUCAAAGGCAGCUCUGCGGCCGUAGCAAAGGGUAUUGUUCACUUUUUGGCGGGACUUCUCUCGUGUAAGACUUACAAAGUAGAGGUAGUAGGACAAUCUACUAUUGAGGAUUUUAUGGUACAAACUUACGGGUUCGCAAAGCUUCGCGAUUGCAAAGCAAAGACUUCCUUCGACUCAGCCUUAGACAGGUGCAUCCCUCCAGCAGAUUCUUGAGUUGAGGUUCCUCAGCAGCAGUCGGAAUUUCAAAGACAAGGUAUUGACCAGGUUUGCCGUAACCUUAAUUAGCGAGUGAUUAGAUGGUCAGAUGAGGUUGGAGUCAAUUCUUGGGGGCUGGACCGUUUUUGAAUUGAGCGGCAAGCUGUUAGUCAAUCUUUCAGGUGCAGACAUUCUUACGCUUUGAAUCCCUAAGUCCAAGGUGAGAGGCGAUAGGUGCAGGAGGUUAAAAGCAAGCUUAAGUGAACAGUUUCUUGUGCUUGCAGUGUAGAUUUAAUCAAUUUAGUGUUAUAUUUUGACUUUUGGCUUAACAUAUGCACGGAUCCUUGGGCGUUGAUUCAAGAGCCCAUGUGCUGGCACCUCUCGAAACCUAGAGCAGAAUUGUAUCUGUAUACGGAGC